CUCCACAGAUCUCUACAGCUUCACACCAAAGCAGACCAUCUCUGAAAUCUGAAGUCUAACGAAACCUCAGAAAUAGCAGUUGUGAGUUUGUUACAUGGAAUGAUGGCCAAAUCAAGAGAACAUGUGGAGUCUUUUCUGGAGGAGUUCAGGGAGCAGCUCACUGCUGGUGUGACAUCACCUGGAGCCACCACAGAGGCCUGUAUGUCACAGCAGCAUAGGCCCAUCACUGAAGAUGUGACACCUGAGGAACAGAAGAGAGUGCUGUUUCACACUGGGCAGGAAGUAACGUCACAGUCCAAAGAUAGUGUCAACCACAUACUCACACAGGAGGAACAAGAGUUUUCAGCUGAUUUAGAGCAAAGACACAACAGCUCAAACAUCAAUCAAUUAGAAGACAAAUCAACACAAGUCAACAUGAAAACCAAUUGGGAGACCAUUCAAAGGAAAAGACCACUGACCUUUCAACUGAUGGAUGAGAUUGAGCAACACUGGGAAAGAGAAAGAAACGAAAUAAGAUGCCUUAAGACAAAAACAGAGCAACAACAGAAGGACAUUGACAGACUGACUGCUGAAAAACACAAUCAGUACUUGGUAAUAAAAGCACUGGGAGUAAAGAUGGUAGAUGUUAUCGAGAAACUUCAGAAGAAUAAAAAUGAAGCCACUCAAGAAAAAAUGCAGCUUCUGACAUUGCAAGCUGAGAUCUACCAAGAGAGGACAACUCUGGACAGAAGACAUAAUGAGAUCAUCAAUGAGCAAUGCAAGUUUGAAAUGAUCAAAUUUGAUAGGUCAAAAUUUGUGAGUAAGGAAGUCCAGGAGAUAAUGGAUAGUCUGCUGAGUGCAAUGAACAAAAAAAUAAUUAUUACAGCAAAACAGGCAAAGCAAAAAAUUGAGAAAAACUUAGAGGAUGUAAAAGAAGAGUUAGAUAGAAAUAAAAAGGACAUAUCACAACAAAGAGAUCAAAUUGAGCAAAUCCAACAUAGUUUGAGUAUAAAUAUCAGCAAGGUGAAGCAAAGGUGGAUAGAGUUUCAAAGAAACACUGAAAUACAGAGAGUGACAGUUCCAGAGACAGGAAGGAGGGACGGAAAGCAGGAAGGAACAGACACUUCUGAAAGUGUGAAGGAAAAACUCAGCAGAAUCCGACAAGAGAUAGAGAAAGUUUGGGACGUGCUGGAAGACAGUCAACAACAACUGGAUGUGACUGUGAGAGAGAAGCAGGAGGUUCAUACACAGAGCAUUCAAAUGGAAAACGUAAAAUCUAACUCUCCCCAGCUAAGACAAGAAACCGAUACACACAUGAAAGUAACACACUGCGAAACUUUGAUCAAGACUGAUAUUCAGAGUCAAAAACUAGACAUAGAGAACAACCUGAGACAGAUUCAGUGGGAAAAACAUGAAAUAGAAAGAAUCAACACUAGAAUUCAGGCAGAGAGAAAAAGUAUCGAGAGAGAGAGGCAGUCGGCUAUAGCAGAAAUGGAUGCACUGAAGUGUAUGAGGGAGAGUAACGAAAGGCAAAGACAGGAACUCGACGACAAGUUACAAAGGACAAAGAGAGAAAUAAGGGAAUUGGAAGUGAUGAACUCUGAGAUUGAAAUAAAGAAAAAGGACCUGCUAAAAACGAUAAGAAUGAGCAGAAGAAAAAAACAAAUAAGCGAGAUGAAGAAAAAAACUGAGCAUUCAACCCAAGACUUGGAGGAUGGACAGAAUGUGAUGGUGGGACACAGGUCAGAGCAGGGGCUGGAGCUGAACAUGGAGAACACACUUAAUCAGAAUAUUAAACAGGUAGAGGUAAUGAUACAUAAAGGAAAUUUGGUUGAAGACAUUGGAGACAACAUGGAGAUGAGCACAAAGAACAACGAGAAAGGCAUGGAGGGAAUGAUUUUUGAAGUACAAGAAACAAAGAAGAUGCUGUGUAUGAUGAGAGUAGAUACAAAGAAAGGGAAAAAAAUCUUUACAGAGGAAAUCAUAUGGAGGAAUUUUCAAGAGAAAAAAAAGAGGAGGAAGAUGAACCAAUGGCUUGAGAAGAUCCUAAAAGAGAGGGAUGAGUUAGAAAUCAUCAAGCUACAGAUACAGGGACAAAGAGAAGAGGUUCAACAAAAACUUCAAGAUACAAUAACUACAAUUCUGGCUAUGGGUGAGAUGAAAGCUAAUAUAGAAAAAGCUGUGACAGAGAUUACCAACAUCCAACUGGAAAUGCUCAAAACCCAAAGACAGAUGGAAAAGGACAAGGAAGAUGUCCAAAAAUACAUGGACAAGCUGAGUUCCUUGAACACCUGUGUCAGUAGACAGAAACUGACAGAAUCUGCAAUCGGAAAUACUUUUUCAGCAAAUUCGUCCAAACUCCAAGAACCCCAUAAAGAAGCUCACAGAGAUUCCCUACAAGAUCAAACACUGGAAAUCCCACAAGCUGAAGAAAGAGCUGCAGGUGAAGUUACACAAGGAGCCAUGUCUUUGCAAAAGUGUCCUACAUUAGAAGACCAGCAUCAAAAUGAAGAAAUUAAAGAACAGGAACAGAAACAGUUAUUUUCAUUGGACAAUUUCCUUCAGAAUGAAAAACAUGAAGAAACAUUAACAUAUAAUGAGUUCUCAGGAUUGUUAAUAAAUGGCAGACGAGUGGAAGAAAUGGACAAGCAGAUUUCCGAACUUAAGGAGAGAGAGGAGAGAAUCAAAGAACAAAUACAUUAUGCUAUGGGGAACAUGGAGAAAAACAAGCAAGAGAUUGAAAGGCUCAUUAUGGAUAUAUAUGAACUGCAGAGCCAGACACCAGAAACUGGAUUGCCAGUGACAUUCAGGGAAAAUGGAAAUGUGGAGGGUCCUCUUCAAGAAACAAAGCAGAAAUACCAUCUGUGGCUAAACACCAAUGUUUUCAAACAUGAGACGAUGACAUAUGAACUCCAAGAGCAAAUGAAAGUUAAUAUUUAUGAAAUGAGACAAGAAGCAACUGAUGAGUCGGAUAUAAUGAGACUGAAUAUUGAGAAGGAAAUAGAAAAUCAGGAGUCAAAAACAGAUCCACUGACACAUAGCGAGGGGUUGGAUAGCGCUAAAAUCAACACAGAAAGAGACAAAUUGACAAAGAUCAGAAUGCGAAAAGACAUGGAAGAAAUGGAAAAGGAAAUCUUAGGACUCCAGUCAGAUAUGGAAAAACCAAUCCUGGACUGUAUGGAUCUGAGGAACAGUAGAACUGAAGAACCUAAAAAUUCAAUUAGUCAAGAUGAGAUGCUAAAACCACAAAAUCAAGUAGAAUGGGAGAAUAUGAAGAAAGCAAAACAGAAAGCUGAGGUAGAAAUACAUGAGAUGUACAGUUUAAGGGAGCUUGAAGACAGAGCACAAUUAGCGAAAAGAGAAAUACGAGAAAUGGAGCUUUUGAGGUCAGAACUGGAAAUAAAGAGAAAAGAAUUUGAACAGAUGCUAAGAAAAAGCAUGAGAAAAAAAGAACAGAGUGAAAACAUGUUGAAUGAAUUGCAAAAAGAAAGGGAAUUACUGAGGAGGGAGACAGAAAAGAAAAGAAGAGAAUUAGACCAAAGACUUGAGAAAACCAUUAGAGAGAGAGAUGAAUUGGAAGUGCUAAGGAUAAAUCUGCAAAUACAAAGGGAAGAGCUUGCUGUGGAGAAGCAGGUGAGAAGCAAAAAGGAGAAAGCUGAAAUGAUACAUCAAGCAUCAGAGACCCUUGACCUCCAAACCAUGAGACAAAAGAUUCACUUUCUCAUGGAAAUAAUUGGAAGGGAAUGGGGAAUUCUGGAAAAUGUCAAUGUUCACUUAGGGAAACAAAGAGAAGGGCUCAAAGAAUUGCAUGGUGAGAACAGAAACUUAAGAGAUAACAUGGUCAGAGUAAGAUCUCAGAUAAAGCUGGCCUUUGGAAAACUGUCUUUACAAACGGAGGCAGAGAUAAAUCAAAUUGGCCAAAUGAGGGAUGAUGUGCAAAAACAAAAAUAUAACCUUGAUAUGGGACUAGAGAAAGUUAAAAGAGAACGAAGACAGAUGGAAGUGUUAAACACUGAGGUGGACUUCAAAAUAAGAGAAAAUCGACAAAUGAUCCGAAAAGGCAUUAGAAGAGAUCAGGAAGCUAGACAACUGUGGACAGGGGUAAAAGAAGAAAAAUAUAUCCUCAAGAGGGAGGCACGAAGUAGGAAGAAAGAGCUCGACCAGCAGUUGGAGAGGAUUAUCAGAGAGAGAGAUGAAUUAGAAAUGAUGAAGCUGAAAAGAGAAAAGAAUGACAGCCAAUGUUUGGCAGAGCAGCAGAAGGCAUCAGCAUCAACAAAUGCUGCAUAUCAAAUUCAAAAGCACUGGGAACUAAUUAACAUAUGUAUGGAGAAGUGUAAACACAUUAAGAAACACAGUGAAGGCUUGCAUGAAGCAAUACAAAAUGAAUAUCGACAAUUCAAGGGCAAGGCAGAAAUUCUUAUCCAGGCAAGGGAAGAAUUGGAAAUUACCAUAGCGGAAAUGAAAAGACAAAAGGACAAGAUGAUGUGUCUAUUCAAGAGCAUUCAGCAAAAGCAAAGAAAUUCGGAGGAAGGGGAGAUUCAUUUCAAUAAAGAAAGUAAAGCAAUAGAAGAAGACAAGAAGAAAGGUGUAGAGAAAUCAGAAGAGGGAGUCUUUAAAGAAAGGAAGUUUCUUAAAUCUCAAAGGUUGAUUCUCAAAGUUCAACAACAGAAACAAAACAAAAGUCAGAAAAAAAUGAAAAGACUGCUGAACAGCAGUGACGGUGAAAAGGAAUCAGAAAGUCUGGAAACGAAAAGGAAAAUGAUGCAAAUUCAAAUAGAUGAAAUGAAAGAAGAAAAACCGUCAGAUGAGCAGCAGAAAACAAUUGUGUUGCACAAGAACAAACCACUUCAAAUGGACAUUAUGAUGGAUGACAUUUCAAAGAGAGGAAAACAAGUAUUUGUAAGACUUGAUACAGAAGAAUUACAAGAAAAAAAUAAAGUGGAAUUUGGGUUUAAUGAAUCAAACAUUGCAAACCAGCAGAAAGACACAGACCUACAACACAUGGCUGGUGGCCGUACAAACACAGAUCUAUCAGAACAAGACAAAAAAAUUGAAGUGUUGACCGAUGAGAGGCCAAAAAUCAGGAACAAUGACAAAAUAAAAACAGAAGGUGGCGAAAAUAAUGAAGAAUUAGAAACGAGACCAAAAACCACUGAACUGAAGAAACAGAGGGAACAAAGCGACCUAUUACAAGAGGAUACAUAUUCUUUGAAAGAUGAUAGGGAUGUUUAUAGGAUGGAUCUCAACAAUACAAAUCGUGAGGUUGAAGCUGCCAUGAAAAAAAUCAUUCAAGAGAAAAAAUACUUUAUUCAGAUGAAGGUUGAAGUAGAACAAGAGAGAGAACUGCUUUUGAUAGAAAAGGAAAGAAUGGAAGGACAAUGGUCUGACUUGAAAAAAAGAGAAAACAAGCAAAUGGAUACAAUUAAAUCCAUUGAAUCCCUGAGAAUAAGACAUCAAGAGCUUGAUGCCAGGAUGAGUCAAGAAAUGAACCACAAAAUCAUCAGAUUGGAAAACAACAAGGAAGACAUCCUGAAACUGGUCAGUAUUCUAGAGGAAAAGCAAGAGGCUCUGGGUGUACAUACAAUCAUUAUGAAGAGCUGCACUGAGAUGCUUGUGAUAGAAAGAGAAGGAUUGAAGAGUCUUAUGUCAGAAAUUGUCUUCCAGAGACAAGACAUGGAAAAUCAACUGAAGGCAGAGACAUUGUCGGGAAAGAAAUAUCUCUUGAAACUAAAAGCAGAACUGGAUGAGAAGAGAGAAGAUCUGGAAAGACUGUCUGAAAAGAUGGAACAGGAAAAAGUGGUCUUGAAUCUGAUGAGAUAUGAAAACCAGAAACAAUGUGACCUAUUACAACAAGGUGAGCAAGAUAUAAAAGAGGAAAUAGACAAAUUAAAACUCACAAAGACUGAACUACAACAGAAGAAGGAACAUGUCUACAGUCUGUUGGAUGACGUAAACCAAGAGAAAAGCAACAUUAAAGAUCUGACUCUUCAGGUUCACACACAGAGAAAGAAGCUUCAGAAUGUUACCAACAUGAUUGCCUUGAAGCAAAGAGAGCAAGACGUAAAGGACAGUGACAUCAGGAGACAAAUUCAUGAACUAAAAACCCAGAAGAACAGUGUUUUGGAAGAAAGAGAAGAACUGGAUGUUUUGAGGAAGGAUCUCAAUAGUAAGAAUCUUGAGGUUGAAGCUGCCUUGAAAACCAUCAGUCAAGAGAAAGAAACCUUUAUUCAGAUGAAGGUUGAAGUAGAAAAAGAGGGAGAACUGCUUUUGAUUGAAAAGGAACAAAUGGGAGGACAAUGGUCUGACUUGAAAAAGAGAGAAAACAAGCAAAUGGAAACAAUGAAAUCUAUUGAAUCCCUGAGAAAAAGACAUCAAGAGCUUGAUGCCAGGAUGAGUCAAGAAAUGAACCAAAAAAUCGUCAGUUUGGAACAAAACAAGGAAGACAUCCUGAAACUGGUCAGUAUUCUAGAGGAAAAGCAAGAGGCUCUGGGUGUACAUAAAAUCAUUAUGAAGAGCUGCACUGAGAUGCUCGUGAUAGAAAGAGAAGGAUUGAAGAGUCUUAUGUCAGAAAUUGUCUUCCAGAGACAAGACAUGGAAAAUCAACUGAAGGAAGAGACCUUGUCGGGAAAGAAAUAUCUCUUGAAACUAAAAGCAGAACUGGAUGAGAAGAGAGAAGAUCUGGAAAGACUGUCUGAAAAGAUGGAACAGGAAAAAGUGGUCUUGAAUCUGAUGAGAUAUGAAAACCAGAAACAAUGUGACCUAUUACAACAAGGUGAGCAAGAUAUAAAAGAGGAAAUAGACAAAUUAAAACCCACAAAGACUGAACUACUACAAAAGAAGGUACAUGUCGACAGUCUGUUGGAUGACGUAAACCAAGAGAAAAGCAACAUUAAAGAUCUGACUCUUCAGGUUCACACACAGAGAAAGAAGCUUCAGAAUGUGACCAACAUGAUCGCCUUGAAGCAAAGAGAGCAAGAAGUAAAGGACAGUGACAUCAGGAGACAAAUUCAUCAACUAAAAACCCAGAAGAACAGUGUUUUGGAAGAAAGAGAAGAACUGGAUGUUUUGAGGAAGGAUCUCAACAGUAAGAAUCUUGAGGUUGAAGCUGCCAUGAAAACCAUCAGUCAAGGGAAAGAAGACUUUAUUCAGAUGAAGGUUGAAGUAGAAAAAGAGAGAGAACUGCUUUUGAUUGAAAAAGAAAGAAUGGAAAGACAAUGGUCUGAAUUGAAAAAGAGAGAAAACAAGCAAAUGGACACAAUGAAAUCCAUUGAAUCCCUGAGAAUAAGACAUCAAGAGCUUGAUGCCAGGAUGAGUCAAGACAUGCACCACAAAAUUAUCAGAUUGGAACAAAACAAGGAAGACAUCCUGAAACUGGUCAGUAUUCUAGAGGAAAAGAAAGAGGCUCUGUGUUUACAUAAAAUCUAUAUGAAGAGCUGCACUGAGAUGCUCGUGAGAGAAAGAGAAGAAUUGAGGAGUCUGAUGUCAGAAAUUCUCUUCCAGAGACACGACAUGGAAAAUCAACUGAAGGAAGAGACCUUGUCGGGAAAGAAAUAUCUCUUGAAACUAAAAGCAGAACUGGAUGAGAAGAGAGAAGAUCUGGAAAGACUGUCUGAAAAGAUGGAACAGGAAAAAGUGGUCUUGAAUCUGAUGAGAUAUGAAAACCAGAAACAAUGUGACCUAUUACAACAAGGUGAGCAAGAUAUAAAAGAGGAAAUAGACAAAUUAAAACCCACAAAGACUGAACUACUACAGAAGAAGGUACAUGUCGACAGUCUGUUGGAUGACGUAAACCAAGAGAAAAGCAACAUUAAAGAUCUGACUCUUCAGGUUCACACACAGAGAAAGAAGCUUCAGAAUGUGACCAACAUGAUCGCCUUGAAGCAAAGAGAGCAAGAAGUAAAGGACAGUGACAUCAGGAGACAAAUUCAUCAACUAAAACCCCAGAAGAACAGUGUUUUGGAAGAAAGAGAAGAACUGGAUGUUUUGAGGAAGGAUCUCAACAGUAAGAAUCUUGAGGUUGAAGCUGCCAUGAAAACCAUCAGUCAAGGGAAAGAAGACUUUAUUCAGAUGAAGGUUGAAGUAGAAAAAGAGAGAGAACUGCUUUUGAUUGAAAAAGAAAGAAUGGAAAGACAAUGGUCUGAAUUGAAAAAGAGAGAAAACAAGCAAAUGGACACAAUGAAAUCCAUUGAAUCCCUGAGAAUAAGACAUCAAGAGCUUGAUGCCAGGAUGAGUCAAGACAUGCACCACAAAAUUAUCAGAUUGGAACAAAACAAGGAAGACAUCCUGAAACUGGUCAGUAUUCUAGAGGAAAAGCAAGAGGCUCUGGGUGUACAUAAAAUCAUUAUGAAGAGCUGCACUGAGAUGCUCGUGAGAGAAAGAGAAGGAUUGAAGAGUCUUAUGUCAGAAAUUGUCUUCCAGAGACAAGACAUGGAAAAUCAACUGAAGGCAGAGACAUUGUCGGGAAAGAAAUAUCUCUUGAAACUAAAAGCAGAACUGGAUGAGAAGAGAGAAGAUCUGGAAAGACUGUCUGAAAAGAUGGAACAGGAAAAAGUGGUCUUGAAUCUGAUGAGAUAUGAAAACCAGAAACAAUGUGACCUAUUACAACAAGGUGAGCAAGAUAUAAAAGAGGAAAUAGACAAAUUAAAACUCACAAAGACUGAACUACUACAGAAGAAGGAACAUGUCGACAGUCUGUUGGAUGACGUAAACCAAGAGAAAAGCAACAUUAAAGAUCUGACUCUUCAGGUUCACACAAAGAGAAAGAAGCUUCAGAAUGUGACCAACAUGAUUGACUUGAAGCAAAGAGAGCAAGAAGGAAAGGACAGUGACAUCAGGAGACAAAUUCAUGAACUAAAAACCCAGAAGAACAGUGUUUUGGAAGAAAGAGAAGAACUGGAUGUUUUGAUGAAGGAUCUCAACAGUAAGAAUCUUGAGGUUGAAACUGCCUUGAAAACCAUCAGUCAAGAGAAAGAAACCUUUAUUCAGAUGAAGGUUGAAGUAGAAAAAGAGAGAGAACUGCUUUUGAUUGAAAAGGAACAAAUGGGAGGACAAUGGUCUGACUUGAAAAAGAGAGAAAACAAGCAAAUGGACACAAUGAAAUCCAUUGAAUCCCUGAGAAUAAGACAUCAAGAGCUUGAUGCCAGGAUGAGUCAAGACAUGAACCACAAAAUCAUCAGAUUGGAACAAAACAAGGAAGACAUCCUGAAACUGGUCAGUAUUCUAGAGGAAAAGAAAGAGGCUCUGUGUUUACAUAAAAUCUAUAUGAAGAGCUACACUGAGAUGCUCGUGAGAGAAAGAGAAGAAUUGAGGAGUCUGAUGUCAGAAAUUCUCUUCCAGAGACACGACAUGGAAAAUCAACUGAAGGCAGUGACCUUGUCAGAAAAGAAAGAUCUCUUGAAACUAAAAGCAGAACUGGAUCAGAAGAGAGUAGAUCUGGAAAGACUGUCUGAGAAGAUGGACCAAGAAAAAGUGGUUUCGAAUCUGAUGAGAUAUGAAAACCAGAAACAAUGUGACCUAUUACAACAAGAUGAGCAAGAUAUAAAAGAGGAUAUAGAAAAAUGUAAACUCACAAAGACUGAACUACAACAGAAGAAGGAACAUGUCGACAGUCUGUUGGAUGACGUAAACCAAGAGAAAAGCAACAUUAUAGAUCUGACUCUUCAGGUUCACACACAGAGAAAGAAGCUUCAGAAUGUGACCAACAUGAUCGCCUUGAAGCAAAGAGAGCAAGAUGUAAAGGACAGUGACAUCAGGAGACAAAUUCAUGAACUAAAAACCCAGAAGAACAGUGUUUUGGAAGAAAGAAAAGAACUGGAUGUUUUGAGGAAGGAUCUCAACAGUAAGAAUCUUGAGGUUGAAGCUGCCAUGAAAACCAUCAGUCAAGAGAAAGAAACCUUUAUUCAGAUGAAGGUUGAAGUAGAGAAAGAGAGAGAACUACUUUUGAUUGAAAAGGAACAAAUGGGAGGACAAUGGUCUGACUUGAAAAAGAGAGAAAACAAGCAAAUGGACACAAUGAAAUCCAUUGAAUCCCUGUUAAUAAGACAUCAAGAGCUUGAUGCCAGGAUGAGUCAAGACAUGAACCACAAAAUUAUCAGUUUGGAACAAAACAAGGAAGACAUCCUGAAACUGGUCAGUAUUCUAGAGGAAAAGCAAGAGGCUCUGGGUGUACAUAAAAUCAUUAUGAAGAGUUGCACUGAGAUGCUCGUGAGAGAAAGAGAAGGAUUGAAGAGUCUUAUGUCAGAAAUUGUCUUCCAGAGACAAGACAUGGAAAAUCAACUGAAGGAAGAGACCUUGUCGGGAAAGAAAUAUCUCUUGAAACUUAAAGCAGAACUGGAUGAGAAGAGAGAAGAUCUGGAAAGACUGUCUGAAAAGAUGGAACAGGAAAAAGUGGUCUUGAAUCUGAUGAGAUAUGAAAACCAGAAACAAUGUGACCUAUUACAACAAGGUGAGCAAGAUAUAAAAGAGGAAAUAGACAAAUUAAAACCCACAAAGACUGAACUACUACAGAAGAAGGUACAUGUCGACAGUCUGUUGGAUGACGUAAACCAAGAGAAAAGCAACAUUAAAGAUCUGACUCUUCAGGUUCACACACAGAGAAAGAAGCUUCAGAAUGUGACCAACAUGAUCGCCUUGAAGCAAAGAGAGCAAGAAGUAAAGGACAGUGACAUCAGGAGACAAAUUCAUCAACUAAAAACCCAGAAGAACAGUGUUUUGGAAGAAAGAGAAGAACUGGAUGUUUUGAGGAAGGAUCUCAACAGUAAGAAUCUUGAGGUUGAAGCUGCCAUGAAAACCAUCAGUCAAGGGAAAGAAGACUUUAUUCAGAUGAAGGUUGAAGUAGAAAAAGAGAGAGAACUGCUUUUGAUUGAAAAAGAAAGAAUGGAAAGACAAUGGUCUGAAUUGAAAAAGAGAGAAAACAAGCAAAUGGACACAAUGAAAUCCAUUGAAUCCCUGAGAAUAAGACAUCAAGAGCUUGAUGCCAGGAUGAGUCAAGACAUGCACCACAAAAUUAUCAGAUUGGAACAAAACAAGGAAGACAUCCUGAAACUGGUCAGUAUUCUAGAGGAAAAGCAAGAGGCUCUGGGUGUACAUAAAAUCAUUAUGAAGAGUUGUACUGAGAUGCUCGUGAGAGAAAGAGAAGGAUUGAAGAGUCUUAUGUCAGAAAUUGUCUUCCAGAGACAAGACAUGGAAAAUCAACUGAAGGAAGAGACAUUGUCGGGAAAGAAAUAUCUCUUGAAACUAAAAGCAGAACUGGAUGAGAAGAGAGAAGAUCUGGAAAGACUGUCUGAAAAGAUGGAACAGGAAAAAGUGGUCUUGAAUCUGAUGAGAUAUGAAAACCAGAAACAAUGUGACCUAUUACAACAAGGUGAGCAAGAUAUAAAAGAGGAAAUAGACAAAUUAAAACCCACAAAGACUGAACUACUACAGAAGAAGGUACAUGUCGACAGUCUGUUGGAUGACGUAAACCAAAAGAAAAGCAACAUUAAAGAUCUGACUCUUCAGGUUCACACACAGAGAAAGAAGCUUCAGAAUGUGACCAACAUGAUCGCCUUGAAGCAAAGAGAGCAAGAAGUAAAGGACAGUGACAUCAGGAGACAAAUUCAUCAACUAAAAACCCAGAAGAACAGUGUUUUGGAAGAAAGAGAAGAACUGGAUGUUUUGAGGAAGGAUCUCAACAGUAAGAAUCUUGAGGUUGAAGCUGCCAUGAAAACCAUCAGUCAAGGGAAAGAAGACUUUAUUCAGAUGAAGGUUGAAGUAGAAAAAGAGAGAGAACUGCUUUUGAUUGAAAAAGAAAGAAUGGAAAGACAAUGGUCUGAAUUGAAAAAGAGAGAAAACAAGCAAAUGGACACAAUGAAAUCCAUUGAAUCCCUGAGAAUAAGACAUCAAGAGCUUGAUGCCAGGAUGAGUCAAGACAUGCACCACAAAAUUAUCAGAUUGGAACAAAACAAGGAAGACAUCCUGAAACUGGUCAGUAUUCUAGAGGAAAAGCAAGAGGCUCUGGGUGUACAUAAAAUCAUUAUGAAGAGUUGCACUGAGAUGCUCAUGAGAGAAAGAGAAGGAUUGAAGAGUCUUAUGUCAGAAAUUGUCUUCCAGAGACAAGACAUGGAAAAUCAACUGAAGGAAGAGACCUUGUCGGGAAAGAAAUAUCUCUUGAAACUAAAAGCAGAACUGGAUGAGAAGAGAGAAGAUCUGGAAAGACUGUCUGAAAAGAUGGAACAGGAAAAAGUGGUCUUGAAUCUGAUGAGAUAUGAAAACCAGAAACAAUGUGACCUAUUACAACAAGGUGAGCAAGAUAUAAAAGAGGAAAUAGACAAAUUAAAACCCACAAAGACUGAACUACUACAGAAGAAGGUACAUGUCGACAGUCUGUUGGAUGACGUAAACCAAGAGAAAAGCAACAUUAAAGAUCUGACUCUUCAGGUUCACACACAGAGAAAGAAGCUUCAGAAUGUGACCAACAUGAUCGCCUUGAAGCAAAGAGAGCAAGAAGUAAAGGACAGUGACAUCAGGAGACAAAUUCAUCAACUAAAAACCCAGAAGAACAGUGUUUUGGAAGAAAGAGAAGAACUGGAUGUUUUGAGGAAGGAUCUCAACAGUAAGAAUCUUGAGGUUGAAGCUGCCAUGAAAACCAUCAGUCAAGGGAAAGAAGACUUUAUUCAGAUGAAGGUUGAAGUAGAAAAAGAGAGAGAACUGCUUUUGAUUGAAAAAGAAAGAAUGGAAAGACAAUGGUCUGAAUUGAAAAAGAGAGAAAACAAGCAAAUGGACACAAUGAAAUCCAUUGAAUCCCUGAGAAUAAGACAUCAAGAGCUUGAUGCCAGGAUGAGUCAAGACAUGCACCACAAAAUUAUCAGAUUGGAACAAAACAAGGAAGACAUCCUGAAACUGGUCAGUAUUCUAGAGGAAAAGCAAGAGGCUCUGGGUGUACAUAAAAUCAUUAUGAAGAGUUGUACUGAGAUGCUCGUGAGAGAAAGAGAAGGAUUGAAGAGUCUUAUGUCAGAAAUUGUCUUCCAGAGACAAGACAUGGAAAAUCAACUGAAGGAAGAGACAUUGUCGGGAAAGAAAUAUCUCUUGAAACUAAAAGCAGAACUGGAUGAGAAGAGAGAAGAUCUGGAAAGACUGUCUGAAAAGAUGGAACAGGAAAAAGUGGUCUUGAAUCUGAUGAGAUAUGAAAACCAGAAACAAUGUGACCUAUUACAACAAGGUGAGCAAGAUAUAAAAGAGGAAAUAGACAAAUUAAAACCCACAAAGACUGAACUACUACAGAAGAAGGUACAUGUCGACAGUCUGUUGGAUGACGUAAACCAAGAGAAAAGCAACAUUAAAGAUCUGACUCUUCAGGUUCACACACAGAGAAAGAAGCUUCAGAAUGUGACCAACAUGAUCGCCUUGAAGCAAAGAGAGCAAGAAGUAAAGGACAGUGACAUCAGGAGACAAAUUCAUCAACUAAAAACCCAGAAGAACAGUGUUUUGGAAGAAAGAGAAGAACUGGAUGUUUUGAGGAAGGAUCUCAACAGUAAGAAUCUUGAGGUUGAAGCUGCCAUGAAAACCAUCAGUCAAGGGAAAGAAGACUUUAUUCAGAUGAAGGUUGAAGUAGAAAAAGAGAGAGAACUGCUUUUGAUUGAAAAAGAAAGAAUGGAAAGACAAUGGUCUGAAUUGAAAAAGAGAGAAAACAAGCAAAUGGACACAAUGAAAUCCAUUGAAUCCCUGAGAAUAAGACAUCAAGAGCUUGAUGCCAGGAUGAGUCAAGACAUGCACCACAAAAUUAUCAGAUUGGAACAAAACAAGGAAGACAUCCUGAAACUGGUCAGUAUUCUAGAGGAAAAGCAAGAGGCUCUGGGUGUACAUAAAAUCUUUAUGAAGAGCUGCACUGAGAUGCUCGUGAGAGAAAGAGAAGGAUUGAAGAGUCUUAUAUCAGAAAUUGUCUUCCAGAGACAAGACAUGGAAAAUCAACUGAAGGCAGAGACAUUGUCGGGAAAGAAAUAUCUCUUGAAACUAAAAGCAGAACUGGAUGAGAAGAGAGAAGAUCUGGAAAGACUGUCUGAAAAGAUGGAACAGGAAAAAGUGGUCUUGAAUCUGAUGAGAUAUGAAAACCAGAAACAAUGUGACCUAUUACAACAAGGUGAGCAAGAUAUAAAAGAGGAAAUAGACAAAUUAAAACUCACAAAGACUGAACUACUACAGAAGAAGGAACAUGUCGACAGUCUGUUGGAUGACGUAAACCAAGAGAAAAGCAACAUUAAAGAUCUGACUCUUCAGGUUCACACACAGAGAAAGAAGCUUCAGAAUGUGACCAACAUGAUUGACUUGAAGCAAAGAGAGCAAGAAGGAAAGGACAGUGACAUCAGGAGACAAAUUCAUGAACUAAAAACCCAGAAGAACAGUGUUUUGGAAGAAAGAGAAGAACUGGAUGUUUUGAUGAAGGAUCUCAACAGUAAGAAUCUUGAGGUUGAAACUGCCUUGAAAACCAUCAGUCAAGAGAAAGAAACCUUUAUUCAGAUGAAGGUUGAAGUAGAAAAAGAGAGAGAACUGCUUUUGAUUGAAAAGGAACAAAUGGGAGGACAAUGGUCUGACUUGAAAAAGAGAGAAAACAAGCAAAUGGACACAAUGAAAUCCAUUGAAUCCCUGUUAAUAAGACAUCAAGAGCUUGAUGCCAGGAUGAGUCAAGACAUGAACCACAAAAUUAUCAGUUUGGAACAAAACAAGGAAGACAUCCUGAAACUGGUCAGUAUUCUAGAGGAAAAGCAAGAGGCUCUGGGUGUACAUAAAAUCAUUAUGAAGAGCUGCACUGAGAUGCUCGUGAUAGAAAGAGAAGGAUUGAAGAGUCUUAUGUCAGAAAUUGUCUUCCAGAGACAAGACAUGGAAAAUCAACUGAAGGAAGAGACCUUGUCGGGAAAGAAAUAUCUCUUGAAACUAAAAGCAGAACUGGAUGAGAAGAGAGAAGAUCUGGAAAGACUGUCUGAAAAGAUGGAACAGGAAAAAGUGGUCUUGAAUCUGAUGAGAUAUGAAAACCAGAAACAAUGUGACCUAUUACAACAAGGUGAGCAAGAUAUAAAAGAGGAAAUAGACAAAUUAAAACCCACAAAGACUGAACUACUACAGAAGAAGGAACAUGUCGACAGUCUGUUGGAUGACGUAAACCAAGAGAAAAGCAACAUUAAAGAUCUGACUCUUCAGGUUCACACACAGAGAAAGAAGCUUCAGAAUGUGACCAACAUUAUCGCCUUGAAGCAAAGAGAGCAAGAAGUAAAGGACAGUGACAUCAGGAGACAAAUUCAUCAACUAAAAACCCAGAAGAACAGUGUUUUGGAAGAAAGAGAAGAACUGGAUGUUUUGAGGAAGGAUCUCAACAGUAAGAAUCUUGAGGUUGAAGCUGCCAUGAAAACCAUCAGUCAAGGGAAAGAAGACUUUAUUCAGAUGAAGGUUGAAGUAGAAAAAGAGAGAGAACUGCUUUUGAUUGAAAAAGAAAGAAUGGAAAGACAAUGGUCUGAAUUGAAAAAGAGAGAAAACAAGCAAAUGGACACAAUAAAAUCCAUUGAAUCCCUGAGAAUAAGACAUCAAGAGCUUGAUGCCAGGAUGAGUCAAGACAUGCACCACAAAAUUAUCAGAUUGGAACAAAACAAGGAAGACAUCCUGAAACUGGUCAGUAUUCUAGAGGAAAAGCAAGAGGCUCUGGGUGUACAUAAAAUCAUUAUGAAGAGCUGCACUGAGAUGCUCGUGAGAGAAAGAGAAGGAUUGAAGAGUCUUAUGUCAGAAAUUGUCUUCCAGAGACAAGACAUGGAAAAUCAACUGAAGGCAGAGACAUUGUCGGGAAAGAAAUAUCUCUUGAAACUAAAAGCAGAACUGGAUCAGAAGAGAGAAGAUCUGGAAAGACUGUCUGAAAAGAUGGAACAGGAAAAAGUGGUCUUGAAUCUGAUGAGAUAUGAAAACCAGAAACAAUGUGACCUAUUACAACAAGGUGAGCAAGAUAUAAAAGAGGAAAUAGACAAAUUAAAACUCACAAAGACUGAACUACUACAGAAGAAGGAACAUGUCGACAGUCUGUUGGAUGACGAAAACCAAGAGAAAAGCAACAUUAAAGAUCUGACUCUUCAAAAAGAGAAGAACUGGAUGUUUUGA